UCAUAAAUAAAUCAUGGCGAGCACAGAGGAUCUUAUCGAGACAGAGGCCUGAAUCUCGCGCCAAGCCGAAUAUGGCCUUUUUCAAGAGUGUACCAAUUGUAGAAGUGAAUAAAGAAAAUUUUGUGCAGUUGUGGCCAACCCUACUGUUAUCCAUCAAAAAUUCAUAUUUUGUUGCCAUCGAUCUGGAGCUUAGUGGACUAGGAAACCGGAAAAACUUAAAUGCUCGAUGUAUUGAAGAUCGUUACAAAGCUAUUGCCGAGGCUGUUAGUAGUCGAGCCAUAAUAUCACUUGGACUGUCUUGCUUCCGUCUUAGUACCAAUGAUGAUACAUCUAAAAACCAGGAACAUUGUAAUGGAGAAGAAUGUAGUAAAAAUAAUUUUGAAAAAUCGUUUAGAUUUCUUGUCCAGACAUUUAAUAUCCUAGUCCUGUGUAGUGAAGACUACACUGUAGAGCCUGACUCUCUGAAAUUCUUGGUAGAUCACGGUUUUGAUUUUAAUCGUCAGUAUUCGUUGGGACUACCAUAUUAUCGAGGUGAUGACAAACCAGGCACAUCCAAGGAGUUGUCGUUGCGUGAGCUGUUUUCAGAACUUGUCAGAAGUAAUCGACCAGUUGUCCUACAUAAUGGAUUGGUUGAUCUCGUGUUUUUAUACCACAGCUUCUAUUGUGCCGUUCCUGCCAAUAUUUCCACUUUUAUAGCUAAUGUUGCUGAGAUUUUUCCGGAAGGUGUUUAUGACACCAAAUACAUUACGGAUUUCCAUGCUCGACUUCCUGCCUCGUACUUGGAAUACAUUUUCCGUAAGAGACAGCGAGACAACAUUGACAAGAUGGAGAGUGGAAAACCAUAUGUUGAUUUAGAGUUUCUGGAGUACAAGAAUUUGCCUCUGUGUGUCGAGUAUCGAGAUUGUCAGGUUUUCCUACGGGGAAAAGAAAUAGAGAACAAAUCCAAGGUCUGCAAGAACUUUGCUAGCCAUGGUUGGUGUAGCCAGGGCCAAAACUGCCCUGAUUCGCAUAACAUUGAUGAUAUUCUGGAUGCCGAGGGUAAAAAAUCUAAGAAAAACAAAAAGAGAAGAAGAAAACGCAACGGAGAGAACAAAUCUCCAUCUCUCAAAACAAGUACCAGCAUUACAAUGGAUACAGACGUACAUGAAGGUAAUGAUAAAGAAAUGAAGGAUACGAUCAAUACUCCCAUAUUAGACACAGAGUUGGAGAAACCAUUACUCAAGACAACUGGCAUCCACAGAGCUGGAUUUGAUUCUUUCAUGACAGGAUUUACUCUUGCUACGUACCUUCUGAGUUACAUGUCAAAAAUGUCUAGUGAUAGUAUUUUGUGUGCCACACGAGUCGGAGUGGAGGACUUGGUAAAUAAGAUCUACCUAACUGGAAAAGAUAUGCCACUAAAUAUUGUUCCAAGUAACUUUGCAAAAGUUAGCGUUUCACACAGAGAGAAGUUAUCUUCUGUUAUGGGAAAAGAAUGAACACUGAAACACGCCCAGUGAAAUAAAUCAUUUUAUUCAAAUGGGAUUUUGCAGAAUUUUACAUUAUAUCUUCUUAAACGUUUGCAGUCUUGUGAAAAAAAAAAGAAUAAUAUAGUAGAAAACUCUGAAAAACAGGAAAGAGGAUACGAAGUCUUUCAUGUUAUGUAUCAUAUGUAUUUUAAAUAAACAUUAUUU